AUGGCACCUGUCGCUGUUCGCGCCGCUGUCAGUCCAGCUCUUGCAGCAACUCCUGUUUCCCGCAACCGCUUAAGCCGGCCCUCUCCCCGCUGCUCUCUUCGGUGUCCCGGUGCCGCGAGUGGCGCUGAGCAUUCCCUCAGCGCAAAUCUAGCGGCACCGCUGCGCCAGCGAUCGUUGGCGCAAACAAGCGCUGCUACGUCGAGGGGUUCAUUGACAGUGGUGGCGAUGGCGGAAUCAGCAAAGAAAGUUGCGAUACUGAUCAACGGCGCGCCCGGCAAGAUGGGGCGCGCGGUGGCGCAGUCCGCCAUCGCGGCGGGCGUGCCGAUAGUGCCGCUGGGGCUGACAGGCCCGGGGCUGCCCAAGGAGCGGCUGACGUACGGCGACGACGCGUCCGUGUACGUGGACGUGUUCCCCGCCGACGAGCGCGACGCGGUGCUGGCGGAGGCGCGCAAGGACUACCCGGAUCUGAUCGUCGUGGACUACACGCUGCCGGCCGCCGUUAACAGCAACGCGGAGUGGUACAUCAAGAACCGCGUGCCGUUUGUGAUGGGCACGACGGGCGGCGACCGCGCGAAGCUGGCGGCGGACGUGGAGGCGAGCGGGCUGCACGCGGUGAUCGCGCCGCAGAUGGGCAAGCAGGUCGUCGCGUUCCUCGCCGCGCUCGAGACGCUCGCGGAGCAGUGCCCGGGCGCGUACGCCGGGUACAAGCUCAAGGUGGUGGAGUCGCACCAGUCGUCCAAGGUGGACACGUCAGGCACGGCGAAAGAGGCCGUACGGUGCUUCCAGAAGCUCGGGGUCGACUAUGACGUCAGCAAGAUCGAGAUGGUGCGCGACCCAUCGGAGCAGAUGGCGCGAAUGGGCGUGCCGGAGAACUACCUCAACGGCCACGCCUUCCACACCUACCACCUUGACUCGCCCGACAACACGGUGUCAUUUGAGUUCCAGCACAACGUGUGUGGUCGCAGCAUCUAUGCCGAUGGCGCCAUUGAUGCCGUGCUCUUCCUCGCUCAGAAGAUCAAGGAGGGAGACACCAGCAAGACACUUUUCAACAUGAUUGAUGUUCUCAAAGCCGGGAGCAUGCGUUGA